CUAGCCUAGCCUAUCUUAGCCUAGCAUAUUUUAGCUUAGCAUAGUUUAAUUUAUUUGCUCCCUCCUCCCUUCCUUCCUUGCCUCCUCCCUCCCUCCGCCUGUCAAAGCCGAGCAGCCUCCGCCCUCCACCUCCAGUCCGCCGCCGCCGCCUGCCUGCCAGCUUGCCUCGACGCCAGCACCCCAGCCAGCCCGCCUGCCGCCUGAGCUCCUUUCCAUCGUCCGCGAGUCGCCCCGGGCCGCCCCAGUCUGAGCCAGCAGCGGGAUUUCGAAGCCCCCUGGAGAAAAUGGCCAGCAGACCUCUACCCGUCAACGCAGCUUUCCUGCCGCCGACUCACGGCGUGCUCAAGUCGCUGCUGGAGAACCCGCUCAAGCUGCCCUUCCACCACGAAGAAGGUUUCGGCAAGGACAAGGACAAGGAGAAGAAGCUCGAGGAUGAGAGCGGAGACGCCAACCCGCCGCAGUCGGCCUUCCUCGGGCCAACGCUUUGGGACAAGACGCUGCCCUACGAUGGCGACAACUUCCAGCUGGAGUACAUGGACCUGGAGGAGUUUCUGUCCGAGAACGGGAUUCCCGCCAACACUGCGCACGGCAACCAUCACCAUCAGCAGCAGCAGCCGCAGGUGGCCCCGCCCCCCCAGGCCGCGCCAGCCCCCUCGGUGGUGGACCUGAGCAACCACGCCGCCACCCCAGUGCACAGCGGCGUGCCACCCCCACCACCGCAGCAACAGACGUGUUUGCGAAGCCCUAAUGCCACAGGGUCACGCGACACCCCCAGCCCCAUCGACCCCGAGUCCAUCCAGGUGGCGCUGAGCUACGAGCCCGACCCGGCCGACCUGGCGCUGUCCAGCGUGCCGGGCCAAGCUGUCUUUGACCCGCGCAAGCACAAGUUCUCGCCCGAGGAGCUCAAGCCGCAGCCAAUGAUCAAGAAGGCCCGCAAGGUCUUCAUACCCGAGGACCUCAAGGACGACAAGUACUGGGCACGGCGCAGAAAGAACAACGUGGCGGCCAAACGGUCGAGGGAUGCGCGGCGGCUGAAGGAAAACCAGAUCGCCAUCCGGGCGGGCUUCCUGGAGAAGGAGAAUGCCGCUCUGCGCCUGGAGGUGGCUGACCUGCGCAAGGAGCUCGGCCGCUGCAAGAACAUCGUGGCCAAGUACCAGGCCCGGCACGGCCCCCUGUGAGCGGCCCCUCCCCCCCAGCACCCCACCGCCACACUGCCCCUUUAAGGACUAUGUCGUCAUCACCCCCCCCCUCGACUCACACACAGUAUCAAGCCCCUUCCAUGCUGCCUGUGUCAGUAAGUGUUCAUACACAACGCCCCAAAGUAUAUUUGAAGGCUCUUUAUACGUUUGCUGUCAGGGUUGCAAAAAAAAACUUUUGUUCAUUUUCUGCAAAAGGUCCGGCAUAUUUCUGGACAUGAUUCAGAAAUUUCUCGAAAAUGUGUUGAAUAUUUUCUGAAAACGUUGAGUCCAGUUAUUGAAACACAGUUUCUAGAAAACUUUUAUGAAAAUUGUUGAUAGAUUUGGACAUUCUUUUCCUGAGGUAUUACUACUAAAUAUUCUUUUAAACUUCUGGAAAAUCACCCAUCUAUUUCUUGAAAUUGUCUAGUAAAUUUCUGGAAAAUUAAAAUGGGAAAUUCUUCAAAUUCACAGGAAAUAAAUAGGAGUGGUGCUAAAUUAUAAUUGUUAUAAUAUUUCAGCAAAACUCCUGAUAAUUUUCUGGAAGACUCAUGGAGAUUUGCUGGUACCUUUCCAUGAAAAAUUAAGAUGCUGAUGAAUUUCUGGAAGACAUGGAGAUUUUCUGUUACCUUUCCAUGAAAAAGUAAUAUGCAAAAGCAUUGGCAUCGCACCCAUUUUUUUUAACGAUUAGUUUAAGCAGCAGUGUGGCUGAAACUCACUCCUAACGUUUCUCUUUAAUAAGCAAUGCAAAACGACAUGCUCGUGUUUAAUUGGCAUUAGAGGUUGUAGUAGGCAUUAGGCAGAAAUGCAUACUGAAAAACAGAAAUGUUACCAUAGUUGACAAGCUCAUGAACUCUGACUUUUCAACUCGUAUCAAACAAAAUAGGAUGGAAGGGGCUUGAUUGUUUUUGAUGCACCUCCCCCCGCAGCGUAAAAGCCAUCACGAUGAGGAUGUGUCCCUACUGACGACUUUUUUUUACCUUCUACUUUUGAUGUUUUUACCGCCAGCUGGUCUCCAUUUCGAUUGGCCAACAGCGCUUCUCUUCAUUGCGCUGUGCACAAAAAAAAAAAAACGUCGUUUGCAAUCUUUCUCCAUUUUUCACCGCCCUCAUUUCAAUUGGCGCUUGGUGUUUAUUCCAGCAUGAUUUCACCUACCCCCCCAUCCUUUGAUUAUUAUUUUUUUGUCGAUGUUAAAUUUUCCCGCUUGUGUUGAACGUAGCAUGACCCCUGACCCUCGAUCCCUCGUGGUAGAGCCCCCCUUAGCCCUCUCCCCAUAGUGUCUGCGUAGCCGGCGCCGCCGCCCGUCUGGCCAACAAGAUGGUGGCACGAAUGUAAAAGGAUAUUUUUUCAGGGGGUUGGCGGACGCGUUUGUGGCAGACCAAACCAAUCGCGUACAGAGAUGAUAUAUUGGUUACAAGAGAUGUUUAUAUAUAAAACCUAUAAAUCUAUACGUUGUUGUUUUGUACAGUAUUUUUCCUAUUACAUUUAUUGAAUAUGUAUUUUAAAGGCACAACAGAUCCAGAAUAUUAUUAAAGAUUACAACAAUACAAAAUA